UACCGUUCCCAGAAGGCGCCACUCUGCAAAUUACCCAGUCAGCGCUAAGUGCAAAGCAUCGCGAGUCUUUGGUGAGAUUUGGCGCUAUAAGCCCGUGGGACCGGGUGUCGGAGACCCUUUUCGCAAGAUGGCGCCGAAAGCGAAGAAGGAAGCUCCUGCCCCGCCUAAAGCCGAAGCCAAAGCGAAGGCUUUAAAGGCCAAGAAAGCAGUGUUGAAAGGUGUCCACAGCCACAAAAAAAAGAAGAUCCGCACGUCACCCACCUUCCGGCGGCCCAAGACAUUGCGACUCCGGAGGCAGCCCAAAUAUCCUCGGAAGAGCGCCCCCAGGAGAAACAAACUGGACCACUAUGCUAUCAUCAAGUUUCCGCUGACCACUGAGUCUGCCAUGAAGAAGAUAGAAGACAACAACACACUUGUGUUCAUUGUGGAUGUUAAAGCCAACAAGCACCAGAUCAAACAGGCUGUGAAGAAGCUCUAUGACAUUGAUGUGGCCAAGGUCAACACCCUGAUUCGGUGAGUUGGGCCUCAAGGGAUA